CUCCAGUUUUCUCCCCCUUCUUUUCUUUCUUCAUGGCCUUUAAUCUCUCUCUUACAACUCAACCCACUGCAUUUCUUGACGAGUUUAUCUUGCCUUUUAACACCUGGGUUGUUUCAACAGGCAGCACCUCGCACCGCCCAUGACGCUUUCUUACCAGAUUGUAUGCGCCCUAGAAAUCAAAACACCUACUUAAACACACACACACACACACAGAGGAUUCUCACUGAUCGGUAACACAGCCCCAAAGACUCAUCAUUCACAACUCUCUUUGUGUCCAUUUUUGAUAUGGAGAACCUUUUUUCGACUUUAUUCACCAGCACAGGCAACACCACCAAUACCACCAAUGCUAGCAACGCAAUAAUGGGUUGUCCUCAGAAUUCCCAGUUCUCUUCUAUGUAUGGACCAUUGAGCUACCAUUCAACACCUUCAAAUUCCAUAACUCAGUCAAGCUGCGUUCCGCCACAGUACUUUAUGCCAGCACCUUGUGAAAGUUGGCAAAAUCCAUACAUGCAUUCUCUAGAGAAGCCUAGCCAUCAUACACCAUCUACAGAUCCCUUCCUUCUUGCCAUGGCUGGCCAAAAUGCUUUUGAAAUGCAAAGAUCAUGCAUUUUGCAGCCUAAUGCGUUACAAUUAGAGCAAGAAAGGAGAGCUCUUGAUGCAUACAAGACCAAGUUGGCAAGGUGUAAGAGAAAACUUGCACGACAAAGUAAAACUUCUUCAACUCAAAUAAUGGAUGCAAGGAGAUUGGCUUUGCAUGGUGCUAGUACUAGUGGCCAAAGAAGCAGAAGCAAUACCAGCGAAGAUCUUUACGAGUUCUUAACACCUGAUAACAAGAGACUCAGAGCGGUGCUUAGGAAGGACUUGAAGAAUAGCGAUGUUGGAUCUCUUGGCAGAAUUGUCCUUCCAAAGAGAGAAGUAGAGGAAAAUCUUCCUGUCCUAAAUGAUAAAGAAGGAAUCCUACUUUUUCUCAGAGAUGUAUACUCUAACCAAGAGUGGGCCUUAAAGUUCAAGUUUUGGUCUAACAACAAAAGUAGGAUGUAUAUUCUUGAAAAUACUGGAGAAUUCGUAAAGCGAAAUGGGCUGGAGACUGGAGAUUUCCUUACUCUUUACGAGGAUGAGAGCAAGAAUCUCUAUUUCUCUAUCUCAAGAGUGGGAAGAUCAGCAUCGGUGCCAUCUCCAACAUCACAGCCUAUUAACCAUAACUGUAACUGCCUAUACACCCCGCAUAUGUGCCAAGCCAGGGAUGAAGAACAAUCAUCUUUAGCGCUACUUAUAGAACAACUCGACCAAAAGGAGCAAGAAGAAGCUGACAGCCUCGUGGCUGUGCCUCCGGACUCUGCUUACAUGGACAGCGUACAACUAACCAACAAUCCUUUCAACAACUCAAGUACCUAUUCCCAACCAGCAUCUUCAGCUAUGCAACCUUCUUCACCAAAUGGUAAAAUGAAGGCGGUAGAUGAUUCUCAUGUCGAUGACUGCUAUACAGGUCUCGGUGUGCUCCCUGAUGUCUACCGAUACAAUUUUUCGCUAUGAUCUAUUGGAUAGCAUUAACCAUAAAUAUCUAGAUUCAUAACAUGAAAGAAGAUGGGGUGACAACAUUGUCAAAGCAUGGUUGAUGCAACUAAAAGGUUGAGUAAUCAGUUGUUGAUUGUAAUACGACCGCUAGCAAUUCCCCCCACUGAUAUUUAGGAGGACAUAGAGAAGAGACAUUCUUUUUUAACAAGGGUAUUGGAUAUUAGAAGGUCCUAUCUUGUUUU